GGAGCUCAAAAAAGUGUCUGCGCGUUUUAUGAAAAUCUUUCUCUGGUAUUUUGGGUUUAAUUAAAAAGAUGAGCAAAAUUUCCAAAAAGUUGGGCCACUUAUUUCUAUACCAAGAGUUAUUCUUCACUAUUCAACAAGUCAAAAUUAUUUUAUUUUUGUUUCCGAGAAAAAUCACGCAGAAAUCACAGUUGAGAUGUAAUAUGGGUCUUAAUGAAAUGUCAAAGUCAGCUGAUGAACUAUGAGCCCGAUUGAAGGUAUAGUGUAGCGCCGCGGAUGCAGUGUUUGAAGCCAUUGUUUAAUAUGUAUGUUGUAUACUUGUAUACCAGUAUUAUGUAGUAUCUAUGAUUUGUAUUAGUGACUUUGUUUUAUAUAAGAAUUUUAAAGUAUAUAAUAUUUACAUACUUUAAAAAGAAAUUGGCUCUUUGGAAACGGUAUGUGAUGUAAUGUUAAGUUAAAGAAUUAAAGUGAAUAACGGAACGUACACUGUCAACAAAUCGCCGCGCCGAACAAGUUCAAACAAGAUAGAAUAAUAAAAUGUAUACUACUUAGUUUUUGAUGAGCCUCACGCAAACUCACUCAAUUUUAUUUGUUUCUUAGUUUACCCAGCCUUAAAAAUGGAUACGCCGAUAUGCUUCACGCAGUUAUUCGUAGAUAAGCAAAAUGUGCGAUCUUCUGGAAAUAUUUUUAAAGUAAUUUUACUCAAAGAAGAAAAUCACAUUCAGUUUUUAGAAAAUGUUUUUGAAGAACCAGCUUUGGUGAGUCAAUUAUCUACCGACAUUGAGAAGGUUUUAUUUGUUUUAAAAACUAAUAUUAAAAAUUCGUCCAAAGAUGACUUCAGAAGUUAUUUUACUAAGCCAAAUGAUUUAAACUUGGUUUCUUUGAAUAAAUCUGAUGUUAUGAAUAAAUGUUGGACGGCUUUAAUUAGUAUUAUACCAAAAACUUUCUUUGGAGUCAAACGUAAUGAAAGUUUGUUUAAAGAAAUAAUUGAAACAGUUAUUUAUGGCAUGAAAUCGCAACAUAUUCAAUUAGGAAAAUACAUGAGAAAGUGGGACUUCUCAUUUACGCCAUGGAAGUCUUUAUCUACAUCAGAAUCGGAUAGGAUUUUAUUUAACAUAGUAUGCUGGAUUAUACGGAAUUUAUUGUCACUCAUCAUUUGCCUGAACUACCAUGUCACAACUUGUAAACUAGAUCAUGAUGAAAAUAAGUUGCAUUUCUUUUGGAAACAUCAGUGGCAAAGCUUUUUUGAUAAAUCCAUCCGUAAAAUGGUUUUAAAGGGUAUUAUAAAAAAAGUUGAACCAUAUAGUAUGGGAAGAAAACUCGUUAAAAACCAUGAUCUUGAUAUGAGAUUAAAAUUGAAAAAUAUAAAAAAAGAAACGCCAAAGCUUCAUUUGAUUUUAAAACUGAAUAAUGACUUUAGACCUAUAAUACGUUAUAAAUAUGAUGCACAGACAUCAUUAGAGAAACAAGUUAUAAAAAGAAAACUGAACUUUCUUCGAUUAUUAGCAGGUAUAUAUUACCCCAAAAUGGAAGUACUAUAUAAUUCUUUAUACUUGAAGUGGUUACAGUUGGGUAAACCAAAACUGUACUUUAUUAAAACGGAUCUUAGUAAUGCUUUUGGUUCUGUAGACAAAACUAUUCUCUUAAAAAUAAUGCAAGAAAAUUUUUUAAAAUACCAGAACAAAGAAGAAAAUUUUCAAGCCAAAGAGAAAAACAUUAGAUUAUUCAAAGAAAUAUUUAAUGAGGUAAAGAGAAAUUUUCUGAUUCGAGCCGGUUCAACUGUUUAUCUUUGGAAAAAGGGAUUAGUACAAGGUUACACAUAUUCACCGGCACUCUCUGAGAUAUACUAUCAAUAUCUGGAUGACAUAAAUUUUGCAGAUCAUAUAAACAAUGAAAAUGAUAAUGUAAUAAAACUUUUCCUAAGAGUUGUGGAUGAUUAUUUUUAUAUAACAGAUUCAUUUACUGAUGCUCUCAAUUUUUUGGAUGCCUUAAAAAAAUAUAAGAAUGUCAAUUAUGAAAAGACAGUUGUUAAUUUCCAAUAUCCUGAUAUAAAAUUCAGUGAUGAAAUAACAUUUUUGGGUUACUCCUAUAGAACUGUUGAAUUGCAAGUGAGCAGAGCUUCCAGUGUGUUUAGUGGUCAAAUGUGUUAUAAAAUAUCUUUCUUCAGUACUGUUAAUAAUUUAUAUAAAUUCUUAGAGUCAAGGAUUGGACAGUCAAGCAUGCAAAUUAAUGGACAUAUUUUUAAUUUUCUAUAUAACCAAGAAAGUCUUGUAUGGGAACAUAUUUUUACAACUUUUUGUUUGUCAGCAAAUAAAUUCUGCACUAUAUUAGCGUUGCUUUGCAGUACAGAGGACAUGGCAACAUUUUUACAACUUUAUAAAAAGAAGGUGACUGUUAAACUUGGCAACACCAUCAUAGAGACAUUAAUGAAAAAUAAGCCAAGUGAUUUUGUGUUUGUUUACUGCAUAAAUCAUUUUCGUUAUUUGUCAUUAUUAGCAUUAAGUUUGUGUGCUAAGCAAACUCCUAAAUGUGCAAUAAUAGUGCCCCUUAUAAACAAUGAACUUUCAAAGUGCAAUUGUAUAUUUGGAAAGUGGAGGGAGCAUGCUAGCAGAAUUGACGUCAAUGGUUCUAAAUUACGUAUGGCAACAAAAGACAUUUGUAGACGAUCUGAUUUGAGAGGUGUCAUGAGAAAAUUUAACUGUUUACCAGAGGGUUUUCAGUGUUUCAAUCUUAAAUUAAUUCAUAAAACAUAACAUUUUAAAAAUAAAACUGUCAAGUUCAUUUGAUUUUUAUUACCAAACAUAUCUAUACUAAUAUUAUAAAGCUGAAGAGUUUGUUUGUUUGAUUGAACGCGCUAAUCUCAAGAACUACUUGUUCGAAUUGA